AUAAAAAAAAAAAAAAAAAAAUUGCUGAGAGAAUAAGCCUAAUUGUAGGCCUAAUGCAUGCUAAGUUUAUUUUAUUAUUAUUUUUUAUUUUUUAAUGUGCACGACAUAUGUGCUCCUUGGGAAACGCACCUGUAAAGUUAAGUAGCCUACAGGAGUUUUUUUUUUUUUUUGAGCACCUGCCUUUCCCCCUCUUCCUUCUUUUGAGUUACCUGAUUUAUAUCAAAAUCAAUUUAAUCAAUCAAUCCAUCUGUAUUCUGACAUCCUUGUCCUUUUCUCCAAAGUCACGCGCAGUCGCAUUCCCAUCGGAUAUUCUGUUAUUAUUAGCCUAUUAUUAUUAUUACUAUUACCAAAGCGCUCCCAUAAUUACAACAUAAUCAUUAUAUAAUCCCACAACAAAGAGUUUAUUGAAACAGUAGCUUUUGUCAACUGCCGGGACACUGAAUGUACAAUUGCCUUAUUCUGCGUCUCAGUCCUCGCGUAAAAGCAACAUCGGCCUGAGCGCUGAAGUUCAGCCCCAAAAAAGUUUCAUGUCCUCACCGAAGUACCUUUUCAGAGGACCUUCUCCCACGUCUCUGAGCGCGUGUCUCGACCGCUGUCUGGACCCCUUUUCCUCUUUCUGUGAUGAAGAGGGAGGUUGUUGGUUAGGCUACGCGCCCCGCUGAGUGGCAAUUUCAUCUCAUAUUUACAAACUGAUAAGCUUUCUCGUGCAUUUGUUUUAAAUAUGCGCUCCUGUGUGACGCGUUAGCAUAUAAGAGUGGGAAAAAAAGCGCUUCCCGUCUUGGCCGGUCUCUGUUUGUGUGCAUGUAUGUAUGUGUGUGUGCGUGUGUGAUUGUGUGCAACAUAACCGGCUUAUUUACAUUAAAUACGCCACAAGGUUACAGUGCAGAUGAGCGUCAUUUUAUCACUCAUUACUUCUCUCUUAUACUGACUGAUGCUCGCGCUCUCCGCUCAUCUCACUGGACUUUUUCUCGAGGAUACAAGACUUCAGAUACUUUCUCCAAAAGCUGACAGUGUGUCCCGGUCCUUGGUAUCUCACAGAGUAAGACUCAUCGCUGCUGUCAUCGCUUGUUGCCGUACAGACUCAGUGGCGGGGUGAGUCACGGUCUCUUCAACCUGACGGGCCCCGGACCAGUAUGCAGUUAGAGUAAUCAGGAUGGAGGACUCUAGUUUGUGCCUUGGUGUAUCCUCGGUGGUCCCGGAUGCUGACACCCAUCUCAGCAACGCAGUACUUAAUGGCCGCUACCCAAUCAGUCAGAAACUGCAUCAGCUGACUGCUCAGCUGGGUCAUGCCUUUCCUGAACUACAGAGUCGCCAACAGAUCCCAGAGGAAAAGGCAGCCACCCCGCUGGAUGAAAAAACCCAUGCUGCCUUAGCUAGUCAGCCAAUAAGCAGUCAGAUGGCCUUACUGGCCAACCAGCUUAACCGUGACAUGGAUGUGGGAGCCCUGAGUGGUCUCAAUGGCCGUGUUGAUUUGCAACAAUUUCUCAAUGGGCAGAACUUAGGAAUAAUGUCCCAGAUGAAUGAUAUAGAAGAUGAUGCACGCAAGAACCGUAAAUAUCCCUGUCCACUAUGUGGCAAGCGCUUCCGCUUCAACAGCAUUCUGUCUCUUCAUAUGCGUACGCACACUGGAGAGAAGCCCUUCAAAUGCCCUUAUUGUGACCACCGAGCUGCUCAAAAGGGUAACCUGAAGAUUCACCUCCGCACCCAUAAAUUGGGAAAUCUCGGUAAGGGCCGUGGCCGUGUACGUGAGGAAAACAGGCUUCUUCAUGAACUAGAAGAGAGGGCCAUUUUACGUGAUAAGCAAAUGAGGAACAGCUUGCUGCAGCCCUCUCAACCUCUUCCACCCCACUUGGGUAUCCAGAGUCACAACCAGCAACAGCCUGGUUCUGCCUGCGGCCUGCUCACUCCAACCAGUAUUGGUGGCUCACCUGAUGGACUGACCCAGCCGUCUGCCUCACCUAAGCCAGCAGGUACCAACCUGCAAGAUGAGCAAGCCCUCAACCCAGCCCAAGGAUUCCGGUGCACUUUUUGCAAGGGUAAAUUCAAAAAGCGUGAGGAGCUAGAGCGCCACAUUCGCAUUCUUCACAAGCCCUACAAGUGUACCCUGUGUGAAUUUGCUGCUUCCCAGGAGGAGGACCUCAUCAGCCAUGUGGAAAAAACCCAUAUCACAGCUGAAUCAGCCCAGGGACAGGGUACAGGAGCUGGCAGUGGAGAGAAGCCAAACAAUGAAUUUCGCUGUGAGGUUUGUGGCCAGGUCUUCAGUCAGGCUUGGUUUCUGAAAGGCCACAUGCGGAAACACAAGGACUCCUUUGAACAUUGCUGCCAGAUCUGUGGACGUCGUUUCAAGGAGCCCUGGUUCCUGAAGAAUCACAUGAAGGUGCAUCUAAACAAGCUUGCUAUAAAGAGCAAGCCCCCUGUUGGUGGAGGAGGUGAUGAAGAUGGACCCUCUGUGAACAGCAUGAGCAGCCUGGCUCAAGAAGCCCACGCAAACCUGUAUUCACGAUACAUUUCUUGUCUGCAAAGUGGUUUCCUCACACCCGACAAACAAGGCCUGGCUGAACAGCAGCACCAGAUGCUGGCCAAAGCUGGUAUAGCUAUGAAGGAGAAGGAAAUGCUUGGAAAGCUCCUGAGUCCAAUGGCCAGCAUGGGCCACGGCUUAGGGGAAAAUGAAAAGCGCUCACUCUUGGGUUGCCUGAACCUGGUGCCCCCUCUAAAGUCAAGCUGUAUGGAGCGCUUGCAAGCUGCAGCUAAGGUGGCAGAGAUGGACCCCCUGAACAGCUAUCAAGCCUGGCAAAUUAUGGCACGUGGAAUGGCUAUGGAACGCUCCUUCAUGCCAAAAGAGCAGCAUCAUGGGGGGCACGGACAAGAAGAUGAACUUGCCAGUGCAGCUGGGAUUGUUUCCUUUGGGAAAGACAAGCUUGAGCACCCAACCUUAGGCUCUAGUGAUGGUUCCAAGCAGAAGCAACAUCCUGAUGUCCUUCAUGGAGUGAAGACAAGUGGAGGCAUGAUGUCCUUGAAAGAUGAGGGUGUAAGCUUUGAUAGCCACCGUGAGUUCUUGCCUCACCAUGGGGGUCUGGGCCUAGGCCAAGGGCUUGAGUACAGCCUGGCCAGCCUGAAAGAGAAAGCAACUGAGUGUCCUGACUGUGGCAGAGUUUUUAGAACCUACCACCAGAUGGUGGUCCACUCCCGGGUGCACAGCAAGGACCGUCGAUCCCUAGAGGAGAGCUCCCAGCAUGGUCUGGACGAAAGGCGUGGCUCAGCUAGCGACCCUGAAUCUCAGUCCAUCAGCCGAUCCACCACCCCGGGAUCCUCCAAUGUGACAGAGGAAAGCGGUGCUGGAGGCGGACACUCCCAAACAGGCAGUGUGCAAGAUGACAGUCCCCACCCUUCUUCUCCAUCUUCAGAUGUCGGGGAUGAGAUGGCAAAACCUGUGAGUGCUGUCCAGCCCCCCACUACCCAGCACCGGGAAAGGAGUGUGGGUUCAAGCAUGAAGGACUGCCCCUACUGUGGCAAAUCUUUCCGCACCUCCCACCAUCUGAAGGUCCACCUAAGAAUACACACAGGUGAAAAGCCCUACAGGUGCCCUCAUUGUGACUAUGCAGGCACUCAGUCAGCUUCUCUGAAGUACCACCUGGAGCGCCAUCACCGUGAGCGACAGAAUGGAAGCGGCCCCUCAGCCAACCACCCUCCAUCUUCUGAACACAAAGAUGACCACGGCAAGAACAGCAGCGGCAGUGGGGUCUUUGCUCGUCCCGAUGUCCUUCGUGGGGUGUUUAAAGGCAUGAUGCCCUCUGGUCUUGACUUCAGAGGGGGUCAAAUGCUCCCACACCAGUGGGCUCCACCAGGAAUGCUCUCACCCAGAGACAGAGACCGUGAAAGGGAACGUGAUCGCCAUGGACCAGGGCCAGAGCCCACCACAGAGAACAUAAAGAGUCCUGAGGGACCAGCCUCUGCAGGGGACAGUCCUGCUAGCUUCUCUGACCUGGGCCGGGCCUACCAGAGUAUGGUGGGAAAUGGAGUCAACUUCCAGGGCUCCCUGCAAGCUUUUAUGGACAGCUUUGUCCUCAACUCCAUGAAGAAGGAGAAAGAGAUGAGAGAAACUCAGCUGCAUGGUCAGCACUUUAGCCAGGAGAGUGCCGAGGCCAAGAACAAAAGAGCCAGUGAGGCCAACCAGGAAGAGAAUCCCACCAAUGAUGUCAAGCCAGCUGAGGGUGGACGCUCACAGUAUGAGCCUCUGGAUUUGUCUGUUAGACCUGAAGCAGGGUCCCUCCCUGGAGCCUCUAUCACCAUCCAGGACAAUGUCGCCUGGCAUGGCUGCCUCUUCUGCUCUUUCACAACUGCCUCUGUGGAGCUGAUGGCCCUCCAUCUCCAAGCCAACCACCUUGGUAAAGGCAAGUGUGGCCCAGGCAAAGAUACUAAGGAGCACCUCCUGGGAGAGCCUUCCCAUGCUGGCAAAUCUACUGGCUUGGCUCCUCCACCACCAGGCCUUCUUCAUCACCAUGAGGGAGCCCCGUCCAGGGACAGAGAGAAUGAGUCUGGGGAUCUGAAGGGACAAGCAGGCUGGUCCAACCAUCUGGAGCAGCCCCCGCAUGGAGCCUCCAUUGGAGCAUUCUCCAGUGACUUCUACAAGCCCUUUGGUCCUGUGUAUGAUGGCUCUGCUAGAGGGCCUGUUGGAUUCCUGGACCAGCAGCAAAUUCAGCCCAAUGAUAUGGGUGGUCAAGGCCCUUUGGACGACCUAUCCGACAAGGCAUCUUGCAGCGAGAUAGAGGCAUCUGAGGAACAUGGUGGCCAGUCUGAAGAAGAUGAAAUGAGUCGUGACAAAUCGUUACCCAACCCCACUGUUACAGAGAGGCAUAUGCAUUCAGAUAAUGAAGAGGAGCCCGGAGAAGAAGAGGAGAUGGAGAUGGGUGAUGCUGAGGAGGAGGAUCGUGGAUCCAUGCAAAUGCUUCCCGAAUCUCCAUUGUCAGCGAAGGACAUCCAAAGGUGCAAGCUAACAAUGGGCCCCCAAAGCUCUGGGCUUUCUCCCCCUCAUCCUUCAACCCCUGAGAAGCAGUGGCAGCAGACAGGCCUUGGUCUUCUGUCCUCAAGCGGUGGUCCUCCUGGCCUGAUAAAGCCUGAUCAGGCCCACCUGGAGCACCAGAUGAACAUGCUAUCUGUCCUGCGGGCCUACAGUUCAGAGAACCUCGCAGCCUUCAAUGGAGGCCUUGGCGGCGGCUCCAAUGGAACAGGCAGUGGCACCAGCAGCAUGAAAAGAAAUGACCCCUCUGGUCAUGGAGGUCAAAGGCCAUUUCAGUGCCGCUACUGCCCCUACAGCGCCUCUCAGAAAGGCAACCUGAAGACCCACGUUCUGUGUGUUCACCGCAUGCCCUUUGACAACAGCCAGUACCCGGACCGACGCUUCAAACGUUCUCGCAUAGACUCUGAUGUCUCUGGGAACUCGGAAGACGGGAAUCUUCCCUCCUCCGGCCAGGUGAACACAGGAGAAGGUAUUUCUAGUGAUACUCCUCGUUCUCUCGAGUGAAGCGACGUAAAGCUCGAUCCAGGGAUUUCUAAGGACCUUCAGGGGUUUGAAGUGUUAAUGUCACAACAUCAUACAAGCAUUACCACUGCAUCAUUCUAAAAGAAACAUGAAGAAAUUCAAAAUACUUCUCCCUAAAAAAAACUAGUAUUCCAUAAGUUGGGGAUCAUAAACUCUCAAAUCAAAACACUUCGGCCUAAGUAAUGUUCUGUGAAGCACAGGAUAGAGAUGAUGAAGUAGAGAAACCUGAACCAUAUUUCUGAUGAGUCUGAAACUAAAUACUUGCCUCUUAUUGGAGUUGCCUGAAUUGAACAUUGAAGAGACAUUACUGAAGAGGAAAAAAAAUGACAACGUUAAAAAAAAGACUGUCAUUAAAUUCCUCAGAGUGUCUUUUGUCCCAAAAAUAAUGCUUUUAUCAGAAAAACGAUCCGCACCAACGAUUUCGCGACAGUUGGAAGGGAAAGAAAGAUGGAGGGGAGCUGUUGAGCACACCCUUCAAGAACAUGACACCGCCAGUGGCCAUUUGCCCAGCGCCACUGACGCACAGGGAUGGAGUGAGCGGACCGAGGGAUGUGGAUGGUGAAAUGGGGGGGUUGGGGCGUUUGGUGCCAGCCUGACUGGAGCUGUCAUCACAGAGGAAAUCAAUUCAACCCCCCUCCCACGCUGCUUCCAUUCACCCCCACCCCCACCUCCCCAUUUUGCCUCUCCUCACUCUUACAGAACACGUCAAGAGAAACCUUAGUCGCCUGUACAGCCAGGCCGCAGAAGGGUCAGCCUCAGACCUGUCUGACGACUAGUAGCACUUCCUAUCAGCCUCCCUCAUUCCCUCCUUUCCUCCUGUUAUUUCUACCAUGAAAAAAGAAACGAAAAAAAAAAAGAGACCGCCGAUAACAUUGUAUAAUAAUCAGUGGAUAGUUUUCUUCUUCUUCUUUUUCAUUGUUGUGUUUAGGAUGUAAUUUGUAUGUCACUUAAAGUGACACAACAGAAUGGCGGAGACACAUUAAAUGUGCUUUACUUCAAUUCAACACUUCUUAACAAUUAAAAAAAAAAAAAAAGUAAUUUUGUUGUUCUUGAAGAAGGUGCUGCUUCCCUUCUAACUGGUGGACUUUGGGUGAAUACUGACUGUGUAUAACCAAGAAGGUGAAUAUGUUAUUUGUUAAGUGUGACUUGGAAAUAAUAUGAAGGAACCGUAGCGCUUUUGUGGGGUUUGUUGACCCGCAGCGGGACUACCUUCUUUAUAGAGCUCUUGAGAAAGCAGCACUAUGAAGGCACUGUAGAUAUGAAGUAUAUAGAUAAUCACUUCUCUGCUACCUGUCUGUACACUUCAGGGUGGCAUUUAUGGGUUUGUUUGUUUGUUUUUUAUGUUUUGAUUUCCCUAAAAAUCUUUUUUUACUUACAGAUUUUUUAAUGUUUGAUUUUUUUUUUUUUUUUAAUGCCAUGGAUCAUCAUGGCCCCAUUUUUAGUGUAUUUGUUGUCCUGAAUGUUCCUCUACUAAAAGAGAUUAACAACACAGACAGUUUGGAUCCUAUGAAGUCAAGCCUCUUAAAGAACAAAAUAAAGUGUAUCAACUUUCAUUGUACUUCCUUUUAUUGAAGGCUAGGAGGGGUUAGAAGGUAAAUAAGUAUUGUGGGGGGUUAGAGAUGCAAGGGGGGGUGGGGGUGGGGGGGUUGUUAUUAAUGUUUUGUGAUAAACAGAAAUGAUCCAGACUUUAAGAAAGUCAAUAUCUUCCCGCUCAGCACAGGGAAGCUCAGCACUUAAACCCCAGGGCCUUUCGGCUGCUCUAUUCACGCCGAGAGGAGUUUAGAGGACUCACAAAUACCCGCCACACUCCUCACUAAGCAGUAAAUAAAAACAUAAACCCUUAUCAGAGUCCUAAGACCACAACAUCUCAAGAAAAAAAAGAGAGGGAAAGAUAGAAGUUGAAAAUGAUAGAAGUGGUCUAGAAAUAGUGCACAGAGAUUUUACAAGUUCAGACAAACUGUAUAGAGGUUCCAAGCAAUGGUUCUUUAAUUCACCGUAACGCAAGGAGAUACUUAAGUCUUUUUGGUCUGUUCUUUGUUGUUGUUCUUUUCUUCUUCUUUUUAUUAAGAUUUAUUAAGAGUUCUCACUGCCUUAAAUCGAGUUGAUAAAUUUAAUACAACUAUUUGUAUGAGCUCUGCUAGAGGGGCAACAUUUGAAAGUAAAGGCAUACUUUGUGACUGCAUUGAGCUUUAGAGGUUUCAACGCACUACUGUGUUUUCUGGUGACUGUCAGUCGCUUGCUUUUCUUGUGUGUAUGUAAGUGUGCACACUCCAACUUAAGUAUAUUAGAGUAAAAAAAAAAAACUUUUAAAAAAGAGAGAAAAAAAGAAAGGUAAAAAAUAAAAAGACAUUCCAUUCAUGGCACUUUUUCUUUGCUUUUUCCAGUAAAUCUGACCUAUUGGAUCAUGUUUGGAGCUCUGAGACAGGCAAUAAUUCCUUUAGUGACACUGGAAGACUUAUUUUGUAUAGUGAUUGUCCAUCCCAUAAGUUCAGGUGCUAAUGUGUUCACAUUAUCCCCCCUUAUUAUUAUUAUUAUUAUUAUUAUUAUUAUUAUUAUUAACUCCAUUCCUCAAUAAGAAUCUGAAACCAUGUCAUUUUCACUGGUACAGUCAUUUGCAUAUUUUAGAGCUCUACAAUAUUGUGCUUCUUGGGGAAAGAAAAAAAAGAAAAAAAAGAAAGAAAAGAAAAUCAUGUCAGUUUUCUUUCUCUCUAUAUGAUAUUCUAUUGUAUGUGACCAUGAACAUUAUACUGUUCAACAUUCCUAAAUGAAGAAUAUUUCUAUAUCAGAGAACUUGCAGAGGAGGCUAGAGGAUUAUAUUGCUACUUUAUAUGCUUUUAACAAGUAGAUGACUUGUUAUUGUAUUUAAGGAUUAUUCCUGGUCAUUAUUUAUUGUCAUUCAUCUGUUUGACAAAAGAAGAGAAAAGAAGUAUUCUGAUGAACUAUCAAGAAGUUGUUUUUAUUUCAGCAAUGGCUGUUUUCUUUCUGCUGUUUAGAAGUUCUAAUGUCUUUGAAGCAGUACAGUUUUAUCCAGUGUUUUACGCAAUAAAAUCUCUACCUCUUA